AUGGAAGACAUUGAGGACGAGGAAGAGCGGCUGAUUAUGAACGGUGGUGCGGGAAUACCUCUAGGACCAGAUGGUAUCCCGCGACCACUGCUUCCGCCAAUCCUGCCCAAGCACGUGGGGCGGAAGUGUCUGGUCCUGGACUUGGAUGAGACGUUAGUGCAUAGUAGUUUCAAAUCAAUACAGCAGGCAGACUACGUCGUACCUGUGGAGAUUGAGUAUCACUGGCAUAAUGUUUAUGUGAUCAAGCGGCCAGGUGUAGACAACUUCUUGAAGCGGAUGGGUGAAAUAUACGAAGUCGUGGUUUUCACGGCAAGCCUCAGCAAGUAUGCCGAUCCUGUACUAGACAAGCUCGACGUCAAUCAUGUUGUAACACAUCGACUGUUCCGAGAAAGUUGUUACAAUCAUCGUGGUAACUACGUCAAGGACCUCUCACAAUUGGGACGCCCGAUCUCGGAUACAAUCAUCAUCGACAACUCCCCUGCAUCGUACAUUUUCCACCCCAACAACGCCGUCCCUGUCUCUUCGUGGUUCAACGAUCCGCAUGACACGGAGCUGACUGACCUGUGUCCGUUCCUCGGGGAUCUCGGACAGGUGGAUGACAUCCGAGGUGUCCUCGAUGGAGGUCUGUAG